GGCGACUAAGAAAUACGUUUGAUAAACAUUUACAGUCCUAUACAAUUUUUGUAACUAUCCAGCAUUAUUUAAGUAAUUGUUGCUAAUAAAACAAAGUAAACUAAAAAUAAAAUCUAAAACCACCAUGUAUAAGAGUACAUCCACCGCUCGCCAUUACAACGCGCAAAUAGGAAAAGACAUGUUUAGAUGUUUUGAAAAAAAACAUGGAAAAUUUUACCGAUUUUACGGUCAACGUUGGCGACUUCCAGUUCAGUUGUCACAAGUUUGUCCUAAGUUCUGGCUCUGGUUUCUUUGAGGCUCUCAUGAGGACAGAUAUGAGAGAAAAAUCUGAAUCAAGCUGUACCAUAGAAGGCAUCUCACCAGAAAUAUUUGGUCUUAUACUGGAUGUUAUUUACAAAGGAACGGAUGUUUUAGACGAAGAAAACAUGGUUGAAAUGUGGCACGCAUCCAAUCAACUGCAGAUCCAUUUUUUAAUUUCGAGAUGUGAAAAAUUUAUAAAACAAAAUAUAACAUUACAAAAUUACUGGGGAAUUUAUGAAGGCGCUAAACUUUUGGAUUCGUUAGUUGUUUUAACCAAAGUCAAACAAUUUAUUAUUAAUAAUUACCCAAUGUUUGUCGGAUCGGACGCUUUCAUGGAAAUUCCUUUCGAAGAAUUCAAAGAUCUUUUAAAACACUUUGGAAUUGUCGAAGAUUUUGUCGUGAACUCCGUUUUAAAAUGGGCGUAUUCAGAUGACUCGUACCUCACACCUGAGCCAGAUAAACGUAUCAGGAAAUUACGUGUAGAUCAGGUGGAUACUGUACUUCGUAAUGCACUUUGUAAGAAGGUGGACGAUGGAACAGAAGAAGAUGAGAAAAUGUCACUUCGCAGGUUGUACCUUGGUCAGCUGUUUUCAGCAAUUUCUCUCAAAGACAUCAGCACCGCGUGCCUGUCCAAGCUCAUGAAAAACAAAUUUGUAAUAAACAAUAAAGAAGCCAUCACACUGGUCCUCAAACAGGCAGCUUCCAGGCUAGAACUCACAAAACCAGCUCUGUUUAAAAAUUACAGAACAGCCAGUGCCAUUAAGACACCUCCCACACCGGCGAGGAAAGUUUCUGAGAACUAUCAAAACCUGGUGAAUCGUGUCUCGCGAUACUUUGACAUUCCCCUUAAGUAUCAAUAUAUUUUAAUUCUUUUACUCGCAGAUUUCUUGAUUACCCUUUUGUUAUUCUGGUGUUGUUAACACAAAAAAACAGUAACCCUAUAAGAUCAUAUUAGAACAUUGUAUUAUUUUUUAACCUCGCAUGCCUCGGUACUGCAGCAAACAUCUACAUAAGCCAACAAAAAUUCUUUGCCUCACCAAUUAAAAAAUCUUGAUGAUUUAAUAUAUAGAUUUUCAAUACUUGAUUAAAUAUGUACUGGCUUGGUAAAGUCUCAUUCCUUCAAUUGUGAAUGUUGACAAAUGGCUCCACUUAGACCUACCGCCAUGUAAACAAUAAACAUAUUUACUAAUGAUCUUCAUGCUGUCCUUCUUUGUUUACCUGGACACACGAAGUAAAUGUGCAUUGAGAAAUUAUACGUUUAAUUUCAACUCAUUGCAGCUCUGUGCAUUGUGGUUAUUUAUUUUGUUUCAUUAAAUGCUUUAUGCAAGAUUGUCUAAAAGAUGAAUGGUUUAAAAACAUUAAUUACACCCGUGAAUUAUCGUCUUUACCUUUUAACAAUAUAAAAACGUGAUUCAAUGAUUACUUUUAUUAUUUUGUUUAUAAUUUUCAAAUAUAUAAAACCUUAUGUAAAAUUCUGAAAUAGGUUAUUAGAUAUAUAAAUCAAAAACUGAUUGCCGUAGAAAUGAGCAAGUUCGUGUGUUGUAUACAUCGUCUAAUUUAUGCUUGUGUGUAUGAAAUUCAUAACAUUAAAAUUUACACUGUAAAAAAUGUAUAUGCUUAUGAGACAUUUUAUCCAAAAUAUGUUUGUAGAGACCAGCAGUAAAAGUUUUAUGUAUACUAGCUUUGGAGAGAAACAGUAAUGUGGU